AUUCGGCCGGCCGGCCAGAGACUCCGUGGCUUGGUUAUGGGGAGGGGCCCCACCGUACCCAGUUAUGGGGAGGGGCCCCACCGUACCCAACAUGGCAGCUCCUAUCUGAAGAAACCCCGACGCCCACUUCCGGGUUCCGUACCGCUGGCCAGGCUACUUCCGGCAGCGCGAUGGCUGGGUUCCCGGGACUCGAACGGAAGUUCCGGCGGGGGCGGCAGAGGGGGAAGAGUGUGUGUCUGUGCGGGAGAGAGAGGAGAAUCGCCCGAGAGGUCUCGAAACCCCCAGGAGUGGAGGCCCCAGGCGUGGAGCCCUGCAGUGUAUGUGUGGUAACACCAUGUCUGUGCCCCUGCUCACCGAUGCUGCCACUGUGUCUGGAGCUGAGCGGGAAACAGCUGCGGCACAGCUGGGCUGACGCCCUCUCUACUAUCCGGCUCCCUCACGUCAAGUACAUCUGUCCCCAUGCGCCUCGGAUCCCUGUGACACUCAACAUGAAGAUGGUGAUGCCCUCCUGGUUUGACCUGAUGGGGCUGAGUCCAGAUGCCCCAGAGGACGAGGCUGGCAUUAAGAAGGCAGCAGAGAACAUCAAGGCCUUGAUUGAGCAUGAGAUGAAGAAUGGGAUCCCUGCCAAUCGGAUCGUCCUGGGAGGCUUUUCACAGGGUGGAGCCCUGUCCCUCUACACAGCCCUCACCUGCCCCCACCCUCUGGCUGGCAUUGUGGCCUUGAGCUGUUGGCUGCCUCUGCACCGGGCCUUCCCCCAGGCAGCCAACGGCAGUGCCAAGGACCUGACCAUCCUUCAGUGUCACGGGGAGCUGGACCCCAUGGUUCCCGUACGGUUUGGGGCCCUGACAGCCGAGAAGCUCCGGUCUGUUGUCACACCCGCCAGGGUCCAGUUCAAGACUUACCCCGGGGUCAUGCACAGCUCCUGUCCUCAGGAGAUGGCAGCUGUGAAGGAGUUUCUUGAGAAGCUGCUGCCUCCUGUCUAACUACAGUCGCUGGCCCCCAGCGCGGUCCCCCAGCUCAUGGGGGACUUGGCACGCGCGGCACCAUCUUGGAUCUGAGCCGGUCGAGCCCCUUUCUCACCCUCCUGGACCCUUCCUUUUCCCACAGGCCUCUGGGGCAGGCAGGCCAAGGCCUGGCCGGGCCUCCCUUCCUGGCUUCAGCCACCUGGCUGUCUGCCGCAGGGGGUGGGCUACUUUCUUAUCCCAUUUCCCUGGAGGUGGGGGGGGGCCCCCGGCAGCAGUAUUGGAGGGGCUGUAGGCAGCGGGAGAAAGGGGCCCAGCCGCUGACCCACUCACUCAGGACCUCACUCACUAGCCCCACUUUGGGCCCCUCCUGUGACCUCAGGGUUUGGCCCCUGGGGCCCUCCCAGGCCCCACCUCCCACCCUCUCCCGCCAGCUGAUUCUGCCCAGAUAAUCGUGUCUCUCCUGCCUCCACUCCAGCUGCUUCUCAAUCAAUCAUGAAUGUGUCCGUGGCCCGGGCCCCCUUGCUGCUGUGGGCUCCCUGCCCCUGCGCAGGAGUGUGGGUGACGGGGCAGAGUCCUUCGAGGGGGCCUCCCCUCAGCCGUUCUGACUUGGGGGCUGGGCCCUGCCUCCCCAUUACCCUUCGCCCCGGCGGGCCUGGAGCCCGCAGGGCUGGACUGAGGCUCAAGGUCUCCCCCAGCUGCCUCACCCCACGGUGUCCCCACUCUAGGGCCGGGGGGAGGUGGGGAGGAGUCGUGUCUCGUCUUCUGUCUCCAUGUAGUUUUAGGUGUUUUUCUUGUUGUGUCUGGAUUCCGAUAAAAUUAAAGA